ACUGGCUUUGGGAGGGGAGGUUUCCCUGCCUCGACAACCUGAGGACUCUGCACUUGCAACUCUUGCUUGGCCUGGCCACCCUGGGACUUUGGAGGUGGGGACUGAGUUCCUGAGUGCUAAGGAAGUACCUGCUGUGGAGACCAUGUCUGACAAUGGGACAGAUGCCCCUGCUGAAGUCCAGACUGCUGUGGAGGAACCUGUCCCACAGCCCAGCGUGGUGGACCGCGUGGCCGGCCUGCCUCUUGUCAGCUCCACGUGUGAGAUGGUGAGUGCAGCCUACACCGCCACCAAGGACCGCUACCCCCGGGUGAAGACUGUGUGUGAUGCGGCGGAGAAGGGCGUCAAGACCCUCACUGCGGCCGCGGUCAGUGGGGCACAGCCCAUCUUGUCCAAGCUGGAGCCCCAGAUUGCUUCGGCCAGCGAGUACGCACACCGAGGGCUGGACAGAUUGCAGGAGAGCCUGCCCAUCCUCCAACAGCCAACUGAGAAGGUUCUAGCAGACACUAAGGAACUGGUGUCAUCUACAGUAUCUGGAGCCAAAGAAAUGGUAUCCACCUCAGUGACCGGUGCAAAGGACACAGUGGCCACCCGGGUGGCCGGAGCAGUGGAUGUGACCCGGGGGGCUGUGCAGAGCAGCCUGGACAUGACCAAGUCAGCGGUGACCAGCGGCGUCCAGUCAGUCAUGGGCUCCCGGGUGGGACAGAUGGUGAUCAGCGGAGUGGACUCGAUGCUGGUAAAAUCAGAGGCCUGGGCGGACAACCGCCUGCCCCUGACGGACGCAGAGCUGGCCCUGAUCGCCACGUCCCCAGAGGGCUUGGACAUUGCCUCGCUGCAGCAGCAGAGACAGGAACAGAACUACUUCGUUCGACUGGGCUCUCUGUCAGAACGGCUGCGCAACCACGCCUAUGAGCACUCACUGGGCAAGCUGUGCAAAGCCAGGCAGAAUGCCCAUGAGGGGCUGCAGCAGCUCAUGCAUGCCCUCAGCCUGAUGGAAUCCGUGAAACAGGGCAUGGACCAGAGGCUGGAGGAGGGGCAGGAGAAGCUGCACCAGAUGUGGCUCAGCUGGAACCAGAAGAAGCCCCAAGAUGCAGAAAAGGACCCAGCUAAACCAGAGCAGGUGGAGGCCCAGGCACUCGGCAUGUUCAGGGACAUCACCCAGCAGCUGCAAAGCACGUGUGCGGCCAUGGGGGCCAGCAUCCAGGGCCUGCCUGGCCACGUCAGGGAGCAGGCCCAGCAGGCCCGCAGCCAGGUCGAGGACCUUCAGGCCACUUUCUCUGGCAUCCAUUCCUUCCAAGACCUCACAGCGGGUGUUCUUGCCCAGGCUCGGGAGCGCAUAGGCAGAGCCCGGGAGGCCCUUGACCACACUGUAGAGUAUGUGGCUCAGAACACUCCGGUCACCUGGCUGGUUGGUCCCUUUGCUCCUGGAAUCACUGAGAAACCCAUGGAAGAGGAGAAGAAGUAGGGAUGGGCAGGGCUAGCAGCUAACUCCGGUCUGCUUUUCCCAAAAGUCCUGUUGUACACCAAGUCCUCACCUCCCCUGAGUCUGAAGAAGUAUUCAGUCUCUUCCUGUCAGUCUUUUAAAGCAGAAAAAAAAUGUUCUAGAAUGUUCCUGGGAAAAAAUUUCUAGAAUGUUCUAGAAUAAUUUUUUGCUUAAAAAAAAAUCAGGGUAACAUGGCACAUGCCUGUCAUCCUAUGCAAGAAUUCAAAGCCAGAUGCUGCAUAGCAAAUUCAGUGAUAGCCUAAGCUAGGUAAGACCUUGUCUUGACAUACAUCAGGCCACGGUGAUAUUCCAUUCCAGUGCCUUUACUAUGUCGUGGCCUACAAUAGCAAGUGCUUUCCUAACAGACCCAGAUACCUGGUCCAAGAAGCCGGCCUCCGUGACAGGGUGGACAGCAGGGACGUGGAAAUCAUUUCAGAUGAGAAAGUGGCUAAAGGCUGAGUGUCCAGUGUUUCUCCAGUUUCCUGGGGUUCGUUAUUGCUUUAAUAAAUUUUGCGUGCAUCAGA